GGUGUGCUACACAUACAAGUCUUUUCGGCUUAUAAGUUGGUACAAGCCCAAUAAAUAACACGCAUUACAUUCCCACAUUCAAGAGUAAAUAAACGCACGUUAUUCAACAACUUCCUAUUUCCAAAACGCGCUACUCAACAUACAUUAUAAAUGACUCUUCUUCUUCUUCUUUCAUGAAAACGAGUUUCUUGCCAAAUUUAAAAUACACCCAAAUGAUUACAGAAAUACACCCAAAGGAUUGCAGAAAUACACCCAAGCGGUUACAGGAAUUCACCCAAACAAUUAUAGAAAUACACCCUGAUAUGAGCUGUAAGGUCGGUUACGAGUUAUAAGCUCGGUAACGUAUUCGCUAUCACAACCGAUCUUCGGUUAUAAUCGGCAUUCAUUCUCGCUCAAUAAUGUCGGACAAGCAAUAAAUCACUUCUCCAAACGUUACGGCCUAAGUCUAACGUUCGGUAAUAAACAGGCAUAAAAGAAAAAGCAAGGAGGGGAGAAGGUAAUCAAUCUUUCAUAAGAAAAGUCUUCAUACAUAUUCUCUUAUUGACUUGAGCGUCGGAGUGCCUUUGCAGGUACCCACCCCCCGUGCUUCCUUCUCUUGGACGAGGUUCUGGAUCGCAUCUCAGGAGUCCGCCGACCUUAUCAAGGGAGCGACCUAUACCUCGGCCGGAACUGGUAAGAACAUUUGGCGCCCACCGUGGGGCCCGAAGGUUCGAAACGUCAUUUGAACUAAGCCCCGAAAUCUCCACAUACCCCUAUGGCUGACGUCCCCCCACCCACUCCAUCCGAGCUUCUAAGGAUGGUGACCGAGCUUCAACAAGCAAAUCAGCGAAUGGCGGAGGACAAUCAGAGAAUGCAAAACCAAAUCGCGCAGCUGGAACAAGCUCGCUUAGAACAUCACAAUAAUGAUCAUGAGAACAACGAGCGAACUCAUGUUUCUGAGACACCGCAAAGCAAUAAUGAAGAAAACCGACGGAACGAAGAAACUCAGCCUGAUAAUGAGGAAGAACAACCUGACAACUCGGCAGGACCAUUUACAGCAGAUAUAAUGAACUUUCAACUCCCCAGACAAUUCACCCUUCCGACAACCUUAGUGCCAUAUGACGGAUUGGGUAACCCAAAGCAACACGUCAAGAAGUUCCGAUCUAUUAUGAUUGUUAACGGUGCAUCCGAUCCAAUUCUUUGUCGAUGUUUUCCAUCUUUUUUAGACGGUCCUGCACUUGACUGGUUUUGUUCUUUGCCUGCAGAUUCGAUAUCCCGUUUUCAGGAGCUGGCCAGUCAAUUUGAAGAUCAUUUUGCAGCAUCCGCAAUAUACCUCCACGACUCAGACUACCUGACGACUAUUAAACAGGGACCACAAGAAAGCUUGAAAGAUUAUAUAACUCGAUUUACAAAAGUGGCCAUGCAGAUCCCUGACCUUCAUCCUGAAGUUCACCUGCACGCCAUUAAGAGCGGCCUGCGUCCAGGAAAGUUCCAGGAGACCAUCGCCGUAGCCAAACCAAAAACCUUGGCAGAGUUUCGAGAGAAAGCCAAGGGACAGAUUGAUAUUGAAGAGCUCCGCCAGGCACGAAAGGCAGACAAGUCGGCCGUAAAGGAUGAUGAAAGGCCACGUGACAACAAGAAGAGCUUCAAGCCCGUCCCGCGAUAUGAAUCUUACACCCAGUUUAAUACAAAGCGGGAUGAUAUAAUCAAGGAGAUACUGAACUCUAAAUUGAUCAAACCCCCUCGAAAGGCAGGCACCUAUCCAGAAGCAAAAAACGUGGACAAAACCCGAUACUGCAGUUUUCACCAGAAGCAUGGCCACACGACCGACGAGUGUGUCAUUGCCAAAGAUUUAUUGGAGCGCUUGGCACGGCAAGGGCAUCUUGACAAGUUUAUUGCAGGACAUAUGCAAAAGAGAGCAACAUCGAGCUCCGAACAACCACCAACAGGUCCAUCAUCAAAAGACAAGGAUAAAGCUCCUAUUCACCCUCGAGGGGUGAUCAAUUGCAUUUCUGGGGGCUAUGCUUGUGGUGGCCAUUCAAGCUCGGCUAGAAAAAGAACCUACAGGGCCAUGUUAGCAGUUGAGGAUACUUCUCAUAACCCCACCCCGGUGCAGGACGUCCCCGAGCUGACCUUCGGACACGCCGAUCUCAAUGCUACUUACACCAAUUAUGAUGAUCCGGUGGUUAUUUCUAUCCAGCUGGCCGACCUUAUAGUAAAAAAAGUACUACUUGAUCCAGGAAGUAGCGCUGAUAUCCUUUUCUUUAGCACAUUUCAAAAGAUGAAACUGAGCACUAACAUUUUACAGCAAUACUCGAGAGAACUAGUUGGUUUCUCGGGAGAGCGAGUCCCUGUGAUGGGAUCGGUAUGGUUACAAACCACCCUCGGAGAGCACCCUUUAUCUAAAACACAAGACAUCCAAUAUCUGGUGGUUGAUUGUUUCAGUCCUUAUAAUGCUAUAUUAGGAAGGCCAUUUCUGAAUAAAUUCACUGCAAUAGUCUCAACAUUUCACCUUUGUGUCAAGUUUCCUGUGCAGGACAACAUCAUCGCAACUAUCCACAGUGAUUUACAUGAAGCUCGGCGCUGCUACAAUAUAAGCCUAAAGCCUACAAGAAAAACUACCGAAGUUCGUAUCAAUUCUAUACAAUCAGAGCAGCCAGCCUUAGCCGAGCUGGAUCCAAGAGCCGACUUUCAAGAGCGCCCCAUACCAAACGAAGAUCUAAUAAGGGUCACCUUGACUGACGAUCAAGCGAAAUUCACCUUUAUCGGAGCCUCAAUGGACAAAGACGCGAGGGAAAAGCUAACAACAUUCUUACGUCAGAAUACCGACCUAUUUGCUUGGACCUCAGGGGAUAUGCCGGGAAUUAGCCCAUCAGUAAUAACACACAGAUUAGCAGUCAACCCAACAGCCCGACCAGUUUCUCAGAAAAAGCGGAACAUCGGAGCUGAAAAGAGAGAAGCCUCAAUGACAGAGGUCAAAAAGCUCAUCGAUGCUCAGUUCAUACGAGAACUCAGAUUCACGACAUGGUUGGCUAACAUCGUUAUGGUAAAAAAACACAAUGGUAAAUGGCGCAUGUGCGUCGAUUUCACUGAUUUAAAUAAAGCAUGUCCCAAAGAUGCUUAUCCCCUACCCUGCAUAGACAACUUAGUAGAUAACUCAUGCGGUUACGGUACACUGAGUUUCAUGGAUGCAUAUUCUGGUUACAACCAGAUCUUUAUGCAUCCAUCAGACCAGGAAAAAACAGCUUUCAUAACUGAAUAUGGUAAUUAUUGCUAUAAUGUCAUGCCCUUUGGUUUAAAGAAUGCAGGUGCAACAUAUCAAAGAUUAAUGAAUAAAGUCUUUGAGCAGCAGAUAGGCAGGAACCUCGAGGUCUAUGUGGACGACAUGGUCGUCAAAACAAAGGUCGGCCACGCACAUAUCGAUGACCUUGAUGAAAUAUUUGCACAAGUCAGAAAAUACAAUAUGAGGUUAAAUCCUGAAAAAUGCGCCUUUGGCGUUCGAGGAGGAAAAUUCCUCGGGUUCAUUCUGACAAGCCGAGGAAUAGAGGCUAAUCCAGAGAAAUGCAAAGCUAUUCUCGACAUGCACAGUCCCACUACAGUAAAAGAAGUUCAACGGCUAACAGGCCGCCUGGCUGCACUAUCCAGAUUCCUGCCGUGUUUGGCAGCCAAAUCCUUUAACUUUUUUCAAUGCUUAAAGAAAACAACAAAACACUUUUCUUGGAAUCAACAAUGUGAAGAGGCAUUCUCAAACUUAAAACAGUUUCUAUCUAAACCACCUGUUUUGCAAAAACCAAAGCUCGGUGAACCAUUAUAUCUAUACUUAUCUGUAACUGAUGUGACUAUUAGUUCUGUUCUUAUUACAGAAAGCAACAAGGACCAGUAG